AUGGAAACCAAUACCUUCCCAGCAGGACUCCUCGGCAACUACUACUCCGUCCGUCACGAACUAGGUCUCUACCGUUCCUGCGCCGUAACAUCCCACUACAGUUUCACACCUAGCACUCGCAAUCCCACCGCUGAACUAAUUUCCCGGCUCCAACACGCCCUAAGCAAAACCAUAGAAAAACACCCCUCACUUUGCUACGGUCUUCUCCCAGGCUCAAAGAGCCACAAUGUCCCCGCCCGUUUCAAAAAACUUUCCCAGAUUUCCUGGGACGAUCUCGUAUCAAUCUCCUCUCUGAAUGCAAGCAGCGAUGCUCAAUCUCAGGAAAAGCGUAUUUGCGAAGAGCUAGGAGCAUCUCACGAGCAGCUUUUCAGCAACCAGGAAACUAAACCUGCUUGGAAAGUUCGUGUUCUUGCACACGAGAUGGAAGAUGAGACUUACAAAGUCUACAUACUUUUUCUGGUGAAUCACGCCAUUGCCGAUGGAUUAAGCUGUGCUUCUUUUCAACGGACGUUGCACGAGCAAUUAUCACUAGCUACAGUAGAAACUGUUGAGAAAAAUGACGUACAGUGGCCGUACAAUGUACCAGACACUAUAGGAAAACCGAUAGCCAUCGAGGACGCCAUGCAAAUCAGCCCCGCAGGAUACGAGUCCUUUGCACCCGACACAGCACCUCUCACAGACAAGAAAGAAGAAAAGAUUUGGGCAGGAAACUUCCCCAACAUGCCCACCAUCGAAUCCUACAAAUCUCUCGUCCUUCUCGUGGCCAUUCCCCCAGAAAAAGCCCAGCGCGUAUUAGAAACAAGUCGCCGUCUGAAAAUCACCGUCACGGGUUAUCUGCACGGUUUGAUCGCCAGCUAUCUUGCGCGCGCGGUAGUGACAAAUGACCAACUUGGUCUGAAAGCUUGCACUCCAUACUCGCUGCGGAAAUUUAGCAAACUCCCACUGAGUGAAAUAGCAAACCACGUAGCCUUCAUAACCACAAAGUGGGACGCCGAACUAUUGGACAGAAUCCGUCGUGCGAGAGAGGAAUCUCCAGAAGAAGAAGCAUUGAUUGCCACGAUAGGAAGUCAGAUCACUCGCGAGAUCUCGACAGAUCUGAAUAGGAUCGAAGCCGGAGGCGGAGUCCAACAAUUGAGAAACGUCGAGAAGAUUGUCGACUUGGAGUCUUACUGCCGCGCGGGAAUGUCAACAGGACGCUCAGAAAGUUACGAACUAUCUAACCUUGGUGUGGUGAAAAUGAACCGAGUUCCAGAAGAGAACUCUUUAAAACUCGAUGGACUCAUAUUUUCUCAAUGCGGAAUGGUAUUUGGUGCCCCUAUUGGAUGCAAUGUUGUGAAUCUUGGAGGCGGUCCAUUGGUAAUUAGUUUAACAUGGCAGAAAGGUGCCGUAGAGGACGAGGUAAUGGAAGGAUUGCAGAAGUUUUUGAGAAAUAGAUUAGGAGCUUGA